AUGGAGAGGAAUGACACCAAUCAAAACUACCACUCUUACAAUUAUUCUGGUGGAUAUAGCAACGUUCGUCGGAGAAAUAGCUAUGCUGAUAGUAUGCUAAAGAACCGGGCGGUGACUCAAGAUCUGAGAGGUAGAAGAGAACACUACAAUUUUAGGCCUGUAUUGAAGCGGUAUUCACCUUCCAGUAAUUAUGGCAUGAGGACCGGAAAACAAUACUGGAAUGUAUUUCGAGAGCAGGAAGGCUGUUUUUCGUAUAAUUACAACUCGAGACGAAAUAGAGAUCCGAAAGGACAGUCCCAAAAGAAGCAUGGGAUGCUCGAGUCGGGUGAUUGCAAUACUGUAAGAGAGCAAAACGUUCAUCCAAACUGUGAAAAAAGUAAUACUAACGCAAAGAACGACAUAGAAACGUAUCAAGCAGCAGACGUAACACUUAUUAAGAAGACAGCUACUUGUGAAGAUAGCACCGGCAUUUCAGAAUUGAACGUCAGUACUUCGGAAGCAUCGUGCGAUAACGCUGAGCCAGAAAUUAGUCAGACUAGUUUGGCGUGUGAAGAUGACUAUUUAAAUAUUCCUCUGCGCGAUCUCUUGGGAGAUGUAAAUACUGACAACUGGGAAUUGAUGACUGAGGAAGAAAUAAAGCAGUUAGAAGGAGAAUAUUUGGGGGAAUCUGAAGAUUCUGAGAGCUAA